CGUUUAUUUGAACGAAUAAGAUUUUUUUUUAAAUAAAGAACUGUGUUUGCCUGCCAGUGUUUCUUGGCAAAUAUUUAUAAUUCUAAGUAGUGGUUUAGGAAAAACAAUAGAAAAAACAUUACUAGAUUAGAACAAUAAUUACAGGAUAAACUCAGAAGUAAAGUGAAUACAGAUUAACUACGUAAUAAGUAGAAAACGUAGUAUUAUAGACUUUGGCGUUAUUUAAAUACUUCUUUAUUAAACACAGUGAAUUAAAGUGUUAAUUACUUUGUCUGUGAAACAAUGCGUUAGCACAAGUUUGCAUGUAUAUGAAUUAAUAAGUAAUUUUGAGUAACGCGAUGUGUAUUAUAGGAUUUUUGGUAGAUGCGACAUAAAAGUGAGGAUGACAAUGUUUUUCUAAUAAUAAAAUGGAAUAUUCUUGGCAUAUGGAGGACACCGGGGCUCAAGAAACUAAUAUAAGGACUGCAAACAGAUUACCAACGAGAAGUCAAGGUCCGGGACUGAUUGACGAGUUGGAAGCAUAUAUGGCCCCCGUCGGCGAGAGCUGCUACCCGCCGCAGCCUAUAGACGCACGCCGACUUGGGGGCCACCAACUGCCAGAAAGUCCACCGGACUCCGGAUCGGAAAACCCAUACAGUCCUGAACAAGUACCUCAUGCUAUCGCCGUUUCCCAAACCGUUCUAGGUUCAGACUACAUGCUUGUACAUGAUCACAUAAACCAUGAAAUUCUACAACAGGACGGAGAUUAUAUUUAUGAGGAAUUGAAAUCUGAUAACUUAGAUCAUGAAGUACUAAGGAAUAACCUUAGCGAUGUAGUAGUUUUGCCACCAGAUCCAAAUAUUGUGGAGAUGGGUAUCAGAACUGUGAGACACGACCUCAAUUUGGAUCCAUACCACAAUAGAUACAAUCAAAUGAGAGUAGACAUGCCUGAAUUAGAGCAGGGGAUGUUGAAUCCACAGUUGGUUGCAUUAGGACAUGAAACCUUGACUCCAGUCUACACAAGCCUACAAGAACCUAAUGUUAAAAAGAGAAAGCACUCGCAAGAUACAAAUUCUCAAGUUAAAUGUGAACCUGCGGCUUUGUCUCCUGAGAGUGUGAGUCAAGUACCUCGUCCAGCGCCACCUUCGGUAGACGGCUCUGAGGCAGGUGAUGAUGCUCCACUGCAGUGCAUCAGAUUUGCCACCUUCCAGCAGGGCUCUUGGUACUCGUUGUAUGAUUGCAAUUUAAAACCACUAUCAUCACCCUCUUAUGUUGUGGGAGCGGACAAAGGAUUUAACUACUCUCAAAUAGACGAGGCGUUUGUCUGCCAGAAGAAAAAUCAUUUUCAAGUAACAUGCCAGAUACAAACACAGGGCGAUCCACAUUACGUAAAGACGUCAGACGGAUAUAAGAAGAUUAACAACUUCUGUCUACACUUCUACGGUGUUAAGGCGGAGGAUCCAAGUCAAGAAGUGAGAGUAGAGCAAAGCCAAUCAGAUCGGACGAAGAAACCAUUUCAUCCUGUCCCAGUGGAACUCCGUCGGGAAGGUACUAAGAUCACCGUAGGACGUCUCCACUUCGCCGAAACAACUAACAACAAUAUGAGAAAGAAAGGCCGACCUAAUCCCGACCAAAGACAUUUUCAGCUAGUUGUGGCUUUGAGGGCACAUACUUCUCAUGCAGACUAUAUGAUAGCAGCUCAUGCUAGUGACAGAAUUAUAGUUAGGGCAUCGAAUCCCGGACAAUUCGAGUCGGACUGCACGGAGAACUGGUGGCAACGCGGAGUCUCCGACAAUAGCGUCCACUUCAACGGACGUGUUGGAAUAAAUACUGAUAGGCCGGACGAAUCAUGCGUCGUUAAUGGAAACCUAAAAGUUAUGGGUCGAAUACUGCACCCAUCCGAUGCAAGAGCUAAACAUAAUAUAGAAGAAUUGGACACAGCUCAGCAACUACGCAAUGUGCAGAGUAUUAGAGUCGUUAAGUUUAACUACGACCCUUCUUUUGCUGAGCAUUCCGGUUUAUUAGGCUAUGACCCCACUGCGCCGACCCCCCAACAGGACACAGGGGUCAUAGCCCAGGAAGUAAGGAACGUGCUCCCCGAAGCUGUCAAGGAAGCAGGAGACAUGAUUCUGUCUAAUGGGGAUACCAUAUCCAAAUUCUUAGUUGUUAAUAAGGAUCGUAUUUUCAUGGAAAAUUUAGGAGCCGUCAAAGAACUGUGCAAGGUGACUGGCAAUUUGGAGUCAAGAAUUGAUCAACUCGAAAAGAUCAACAAGAAAUUGUGUCGAAUAAGUAUACUGCAGCGAAGAGACAGCUCCAGGUCGAGUGUCAGCAAUGAUUCACGUUACUCUGCGAUAUCAAAUACAUCAAGAACAAACUACAGCGAUAGUAAAAUAUCCAUUGACCCAAUUAGAGGUAUUGCCCGGAAUAUCCGAAAACAUGAAUGUUGCCAUAAACUAAGCCAUAAUUCCCCCCGUUUCACAAAAAAACAGUGCAAGAACUGUCAAGGGAAUUCCAAGUAUGGCAAGUUUUACAAUUACAACAAAACGUGUGUCCGCUAUCAUUCCAGUAAAGAGGAUAAGACGGAAAAAUUAGAUGCAAAAUAUGUCGAGACAGACUCGAGUAGGGUCGAAAAGUUGCCAGAUGAAAAUUACAGUUCAGUCUCGAAGAAAGAUUCUUGUCUCUGGUUGAGGGAUGAGGACGAUUUUUCAUAUAGCAACUCUCGAUUACCCUUUUGUUGUCAAAGGAAAAAUACUUAUGACGCCAGCAGCGAGUUGAUCUCAAACAAGUUUUUGCAAAUUGUUAUAACUAUAUUGAUAUUUAUUAUGGCUGUAUGUCUAGUUGUCAUGUCAGCAUUAUACUUCAGAGAGCACCAAGAAUUGCUCUCUAUGAAAGAAACGAGGAUGCACGACAAAUACACGAACUACCCGCAUUAUAGUAAAAUUAAUAUGAACAACGCGCAUAGAGCGCCGCCGGACCAAAACCAAAUACAGAAUUUAAAACCUUCCCAACAUGCCACUGUAAAGAAAACGGUCAAAGAGAAAGGUCCUCACAAAACUACGCAGGAGUACAGUACCAGUCCACCCACUGAUCUGCCUCAUACCAUCGCUACAACAUUACUAGCCUCAAGAAACUAUGUCAAAAACUUCAUUAGCAACAAUAUAGAACAGACCUCCCAAGCACCACUGGAACAGCUGAUCGCGUUAUCCAGAACCUCGGACGUGAUAGGCGCCGGUUGCGCGUUCCCAGUCAACCUGAACGAAUUGGACCCUGAGUGUCAGUCAUCGUGCGGCCUUGACUCACCUCAAACAUACGAGAACCAAGAACCGUUAGAAAAGACAAAACCAGAUAAAGAAUUGAAUGAAACUUUCGCCAGACCUCUAGAGCCCUUACCCAAGGAUAAACUACCUAAUAUCCCGGUCCUUGGAGAUGGGGAGAAAAACCAUUCGUCGUUUAAAAAUGACAAUGACUCUUUCAAGAGUCAAUUGCAUGACGAAAUUAUAGCCGAGUCCAAUCUUUUAGACUCUAAUAAACAGAACGGAACAGAAAGUGCUAGAAUGAAACGGGAUAUAAUUCAGGCCCUUGGUGUAGUGAAGAGGACCGCUAGGCAAACGAAUCAAGAGGUACUGAAGACUAGCUCAGAGGAAAAUUUUAGCGAUGAUGAAUGCGAGAAAGUCAACGUGGGCAUACUGUCCAGCCAAGCGAUAACAAACACCUCUAUCUUCGUGGAGACCGUUUGCCCCAGGGUAUCAUAUACCUUCAACUACACCGUAAGGGUGUCUCACUGCAUGAAUUAUAAGAACAUCGAUAUUACAUUUAGGUCAUCCAAUCGGCGAGAGUUCCGUCGAUGCGACCUUCAUAACUGCAAACACGAGGGCUGUCACAAACUGAUCCCGAAUGGGGACAUGUGGACAUCUAAGAUGCCUCUUCGCACGGACUGCAAUAUCGAGAGCCUCAUGAGAAUAAGGGGCGUCGCUAUACCCGUUGAGGAUAUCUGCAACUUAACCGCUGAAGAUAAGGUAUCCUUUCUGGAAUACAACAUUCGUAUAUACAGAGAUUGUCAUAAUUAAUCAUAUAUAUGACAUAGGUUAAUGAAAAUACACGGACAAAACAAAUAACAUUAAUGUCUAAAUUUAUGUUAUCAGUCAUCGGGCAUUGUAUUAAAUUAUUUGAAAUAAUUGCAAAACUAACAUAGGUACAAUAUUAAAUGUUAAGAUGUUGUAUUGUAACUUGUCACAUAGUAGAAAAAAAAAUGUUUUUAUAAUGACGUCAGUUUAAAUCUGGACCUAUAACAUUCCUAUAACCGCGGAUCCUUCAAAUGUAGCGUGAAAAAGCACUUAGUUAGCCGCCAUAGUGCUGCCAACCGUUGAGAGUGGAACAUUCUCUCUGGUUGACCGCAGUCUAUACUAUGUUGUCUCUGUGUUAGCUCAGGAUAGUGUGGUCACAUAAUAAAAAAAAAAGUAAACUGGUGUUGAUUUUUUUUCAUAUUCUGAAAUAUUGUGUUGAUAAAUUAAAACACAAUAUUCGAGUGUACAGUAUCUUUGUCGACAACAUAUUUUGAACGAAUACGAAAAACAUAAAUCUCAUUUUAAAAUCAUAUUUUAUUUUAAAAGUAAAUAGUUUAAAUAUACACUAAUAUAGUUUGGCCGUGAGAGAAUUGUUAAUGAAUUAAUAUUCUCAAAUUAUUCGCAACAUAUUGACCGCAAUUAAAAUAAAUGACACACAUUUUUGUAUAACAAUGUAAUAUACAUUAAUUAUAUAAUUAAUUGAUUACAACAGUGCAUAUAAAAUAUAUACAAAUCAUGUUUAAAAUAUAUACAAAUUAUAAGUUUAAAGUAUAUUAAUUAAGUAUAUAAAAAAAGUUCUUUACUGGUAGCCUUCGUAGCAUCAUAUAAUUACGUUGUUGCAUAAACAUUUAUUAGUUCGACAAGUGAAAAUAUUUAAAAUGUCCAGAGACAUCAGUACUAAGACAAAGUACUAGAACGUUCAAUCACCAUUGUGGUGCACUUCAAUAGAAACACAAAAAAUAAUCGAAAAGAAAUACAGCUUUAUUUAGUUUUAAAUUUUAGUUUUUAUAGUUAUUUGUUUACGAUAUAAUAUCGCUGGCUGAAAUUUUUGGUAAUACAAACGUAGUCUUUAAAUUUUGUUUCAGUUCCUCUUAUAAUGUAAGCAUUCACUAAGAAAGUUUUUUUUUGGAUUUUUUUUUUAAUUCUGCUGAUUCUUUUCAAUAGGUAUAUACAUUUUUAUUUAAAAAUAUGUAUAAUUUAUAUUUACGUCCAAUGAAUCUCUAAGUGUGUAGAUAUAUCGUCGUUGUGCAGCGAAAAUUCAACAACUACAAAAAACAGAUUCUGAGAAUAAUCGCGUUUAAAUAUCUUUUUUACGUAAAAAUCUAUAUAGCUUCUAAAUGCUAAAUGCUAUCAAAAAUAUUUGUAGGAAGAAAACAUUGCUUACAGUUUAAUAAAACUACGUAUAAUGAAUGAAAUUCAAACAGCUGUUUAUUUGUUUAAACUAAAAUAAAAAAAUCAAUUUCGCGGUGAAAUGUCCGGUAGAAUUGGUACUUAGGUACUUAAUGACAUUCUGUAAUUUCAAAAUGAUGAAAAAAAAGCUCAUAUUGUUUAAAAUAGGGUAGAUUAUUAUAUUUCAAAUCAAAUGGGGUAAAAAAAUUGGGUUCACCAAAAAUGUUAGUGAUAUUUCGCUGCACAAUGACGAUAUGUCAGUGUAUUAUAAAAAUAAUAAACCAUUUAUACCGUCUUUACUCUUUAUUGCUUCGUGGUUUCAUUCUUUUAUAUACUUGUUUUAAUAUGAAUAGGUAAUAAUGAUAUACUUAACAUUCCAAAAAGUGCAAUUAUAUUAAUGUAUCCGUCCUGAUAUAAAAAUAUAUGUAUAUUUGAAAUUUUAUAAUGAAUUAGCUUCUUGCGUGCUUUUACGUACGCGUGGAUUUCAGAAGUAGAAAAAGCAAUUAAAUACACUACUUCUUUACGACAUAUCAAGAUAAAACAUAUAUUAGAUUUUAAGUUAGACCUUCAGGAAUAUACCUGAGAUAACAGCGUACAAUUUGGUGUUGUAGUUUUUGCGUGAAGCCGGAACAAACAUACCUACAAGAUAAAAAACAUAUUUAAAAAAAUUUUAUUGCGGCUUCUAUUACUCUUAUUAAGACUCUUCAUGUUAUUGUUUUUAAAAUAUCUCAUGUACAGAUAUCGUUUAGUUACAGUUUUAAUAUAUUAAGUAAAUCAAUAUUGAAUUUCAAACGAAUCUCCAAUGAAAAUAAUAACUAAAACAAUAUUAAGAUUGCUGUUAAAAUUCUUGGUAAAAUUAACAAUUUACGAUUUAUAAGGUAUAAGUAAUUUGAAGAUUUAUCAACAAAACUCAGUCUAUAAAUCUAUGCUAUCGACGUAACGCUAAUCACAACCGAAACAUUUAAAACGACACUGACGACGAAAGACUUUAUCAAAGACAAAUUUGUAUGUAUUAAAAAGAAAAAUUGCUUACAUUAAAAACGCAUCAAUUUAUUUAUAGCGCGUUGUAAUUAUGUUCAACGCCAUCUAGCGAUGUACAAUCGAAUUAAUCUCUACAUUUAUCUAUUUCAUCUAAUUCACUAAAAUGGUGUCUAUUUUUUCUGAUUAUUAUGUUAUUAUAAUAAUUUUUAUUUCGUAAUUUUAAAUAGAAAAUUAUUGUUAAUCAGGAAUUGGUGUUUGAUAUAAGUGAUGAAUAUAUUGUAAGGUAUUUUGUAGUCAAUGUUAAGAAAAGUAAAUAAUUUCUAAACAACAUUAUAUUAUAUAAUGAAUCUCUUUUUUUUUUGUAAGACAGUUUAUAAUAGUUUGUAUACAACUUAUAUAUAGGUACAUACAUAAUUUUAUUUUAGACUGCAAAAAUCUUUUACAUUCCAGUAAAUAAGAGAUAAAUAUUUUAGCUUUAUUUUAAGAAUAUUGUAAUUUAAACCCAUUAAGUGUAAUACUCAACGUUACAUUUAUUGAUAGGUAUAUAUAUUUUUUACUUUUAUUAAUUUUUAAGGCCAUAAAUGAGCCAUAUUGUUUAAAAAAUAUAAGUGAACGUUAAUAUAUUUUCAUUAUAUUUAAAAAAAAUAAUGAGUAGGUAUACUGUAAGUAACCCAGAUUUUGAAACAGUACUUAAUUAUAUUAUUUUUUUAUUAUCUGUCAUAUUUUAAUUUAAGUAAUUUUUUUUAAUAAAGCAAUUAUUAAUUUUACUGUAAACGGCAAUACUUGUUAUAACUGCUAUUUAUGAAUUAUGGAAUUAUAAAUAAUUGGAAAAUAGUUGGAAAAAUAUAUUUUUUUUUCUACCAACUUAUUAUCAACUAUAAAAGUUGGUACAAUUUUAAAUUUAUUGUAUAAUGGUAAGUUAAUAAAUAGAAAAUAAUUAUCUAAAUAUUUACAAUUACUUCAUUAAAUAUUCAUAUAAUAUUGAUAAAUGAUUGUGUCUUUAAAAUUAGGUUAUUUUUAUAUAUUUUUAUAUUUAUUUCUCUUUCGAAAUAAAUUUGUGAGUUGGAAAAAAAUAUUUUUCUCCUAGCUGACCUGGCAAACGUUGUAUUGCCAUGUAAAUAGAUAUUUUUUCCUUAACCUAAUCACUUAGCGGUAUGAAAUAUACUUUACGACCUUAGAUUAUAUAAAUAGAGCCUCGAGCCUUAAAAACGAGUCAACUUUUGUCAGCUAAUUAUCAAAUUAGCUGACUUGUUUUUUUUUUCAGUAUUCUAUAUAUUUACGCAUAAAAUGAUGUAUUAUUUAAUAAAUAAAAAGUGUUUACGCGUUAUAAAGAUGCAGAAAUUAUAAGGCAAAAUAAAUAUAGAAGUUAUAAAGGAAUCACUCAUGACUAUUUAUCACACAAAAUUGUAUGAAAAAGUUGACUCGUUUUUCUCAAAGCAUUUCUAUGGAAACACUCUAUCUAUACAAUGUAAGGUAUUGCCGUAUAAAUAUUUGUUUCUGAAUAAGGACACCUUAAUCACACAGCGGUAUGAAAUAUACUUUACGACCUGUUCUCAUACCUAUCAAUUAUACAUAAAAAAAUUUCAUAAACAUCGGUCGAGUCGUUUCGGAAGAGUUCGAUUAUAAACACUGUGACACGAGAUUUUUAUAUAUAAGAAUAUUAUUUUUUAUAAUUUUUACUCAGUAUUUUUUAUUACUAUUUUUUUUUUACAGUGUAUAAAGAGUAGUUAAGAUAAUUAUAGCGUUACAGUAAGCUUAAUAAUAUCACAAUAGUUAAAUUUAACUUUGAAAACGUUAAUUUAGUAUUAGUAAUCACUAAAUAGCAAUUAGUAUAUUUAGUGUUCUUGCCAUAUUUUAGUAUUUCCAUAAAAUAUUUGUCAAGUCUCCUUACCUGAUUUGUUUACUAUUGAAACAGCUCCAUAGACUUUCAUCCAGUGUUUUGGUGCUUUUAAAUUAUGGGUUUUUAAGCAAAAAAAAAAUGUGUAAUUUUUCUGUAGCCAAGUCCUACUUGAAAUACUAAGAACCCACACACUGUUUCUAUUAUUAAUUUUUUUAUUUUCUGCAUAAUUUUGUAUAUUAUAAAUCAGUUUAUUUUACAACCCUAAUUACUUUUAAAAGCGAGACUUUUAUUUCUAGAAAUUGAAACCAUUGAAAGUAGUUCUGUAAAAAAACUUCUAUAUAUAUAUAUAUAUAUAUAUAUAUAUAUAUAUAUAUAUAUAUAUAUAUAUAUAUAUAUAUAUAUAUAUAUAUAUAUAUAUAUAUAUAUAUAUUUUACAUUUUGAUAUUAAAAUUCAGCAUCUUACACAGAAUAAUAUUUUAUUCUUGACAUUUCAAAAUAAGUAUAGAUGAAGUAAUAACAACUUUUUCGUCAGGAAUAUGAUAUUUUGAAAUAAUUUGAAUUUCAAACAACAUUUUACAAUGGCGAAUAAUUAGCAAUAAUAUAGCUAAUGUUAUUUAUAUGAUAUGAUAAUCUGUUUUAGCAUACAUUUAGUAGUAUUAAGUGUCCGCAAUUUAGUAUUUUUAAGAAAUAAAUAAUUAAAAGUAGUAAAUGA